UAACUGGUGACGCGUUCGAUCGUUUUGUGUGACGUUGUCGUGUCAGUUUUUAUAUUUUUAUUGUUUUGUGUUAAUUAUUUGUUUAUUUUAUUCUGCAUUUAAUUAAUUUAAAUACUCCUUUGAAUAUUUAUAUAUUUUAAAGUAAAAAAUAAUAAUAAAUAUCCUGAUAGCCUUGGUUUAGUGCAAAGAACAAGGAUAGAAAAACACUUUUCAUUUACCUAUCUCCUUAAGAAAAAUGUGCCCAACGCUUAACGCAUUCCGAUAGGCUUGGACACAAAGAAAAUUUGUGAAAAAUAAUCCCUCUAGCUCCCUCGCAGUCGUGUUACUUGAAUGUUCAUACUAAAGAGCAGCCAAACCAGUCAAACGAGAAUGAAACAAAAGAUGCAAUAAAAGUGCAUUAAAGCAAGACGAACGACUUAACUUUAAUAUUUCCUUGGUGUCGCCGUUAAAUUUUGUUUAGUUUUGUUUGUUUAUUUACGUAUAUACGUUAUUUUGUAUAUGUUGUUGCUUUUUGAAUAUUAUUCGUUUUCUUGUCCCGUUCACGUUCCCGUGUCGUAGCGUAGCCCGUAUGCCGUCCAAAUCCAACCCGUGGAAAAGAACGUGUUUGUUGUUUUAAUUUGUAUUUUUAUUUUGUCUCUUUUGGGUCUUAACCCUGGCAUUUUCCUUAUCGUUUCGUUUGGGAUUCCUGGACUUGGAAAAAUAAAUCAAAAUUGAAAUCGGUGAAACUGAUAAUAAUUGUGGCAUAGUAGUACAAAAUGACAAAUAAUGCUGUAAUCCAGCAGGUUGAGAAGUAUUUUUAAUAAUAAAGAAAAAAAUGUUGCAAACCAUCGAACAACGGCAAUUGCAUUCAAACAAUUCAAACUCCAGUGCAGCAUCAACAGCGAACACACCGCUUGCCACAUAUCUGUCAUCAGCUACUUCGACAUCGUCAGUUGAUUCGGCCACAAAUCGUACAGCUAGGCGCCGCUCUACGUUCUAUGUGCCUUUGGUAAUAACAGACGACGAGGAGGACAGUUUGACAAAACUAUCAACAUCAAAUUCAACGAAGAAUCAGCAACGAAAUCCCAGUCUUAGCGAGGGUGAAAGCCCGAGCCCGACGAAUUUAGAAAAAGCCACUCUAUCCCCAGCAAAGAACUCAAAACUGAUCUCACUGUUUGGUAGCAGCAGCAGCAGCAACAAGUCUCACAAAAUGGCACCACCAUGUGGCUUCAACUGGAGCAUCACAGGAAUGGGAGACAUGGAUCUCAACGACGACGACCACAGUGAUGGUGGUGAGUUCAUCAAGGCGGCGACAACUAUUAAGACUUCUGCUUCCAGUAAGAGCAGCAACAGAAAUAGCAGUGCUAGUAAUGUAAGCACCACGACGGGCAGCAAAACGAGUACUCCUGUGAAAAAACUAUCAAAUGCAUCGAAGACCAAGCGAUAUGGAGUGGUUAUGAAUAGCAUUAAUCUAGAUCAGGAGGAAUCGCCAGAUAAACCACAGCGCUCGCAAGUAGCACAGGCACAAGAGCCACCUAUGAAUAAGAGCCUUUCCUUGAAUCGUUUACUAGCAGAGCUGGAUGACGACAUCAUGAUGGUGGACGAGAAUGCAGCAGCGAUCGCUGGAAAUCACGAUUUCGAUGACGAUGAUUCAGAGAUAAGUCGAAUGCAAACGAAUACGUCGACUCCGAUAAAAAUGAUGAAAUCGCGUUCGCGCACAAAUAUCUUAUCAGUGCCACAACAACACAACAGAACCAACACCACGAUCAUGAGUAGUGUGAGUUGUUCGAGUGUGAGUAACUGCCGUGCCAAAGCUAGCACCUUACCUCAAAAUUUGUCGCCUUCAGUUGCUCUGAGACAGGGCUCCACUGCUGGAGUAAGUGGUUUUUAUCCAAGUUCGCGAAUAGGAACAAGUAACUGUAGUAAAAUUGGCAGCACCACUAGUACAAGUGGUUUAGUUAUAUCAAAUACAUUUCCGCCGAAAAAUCUUUUCCUAUUGAAGUCAACUCCUAAACUGAUGCAGUCGGCUUCGGCGUCGUCAGUACCCCACUCCGUUGGAGUUGGUGGGAAAUUAACAGCGACUAAAAGUUUCUCGUCUGACACGUCAAUAACUUCGCCACAACAACAAACAACAUUGGGAACGUCGUCGCCGGCCAAGAAGUCGUUAAGCUUUAUACGUCGCGCACACUCGACAAAAUUAUCGCGGAGCAAUUCGUUGUUAAAAUCGAUUACCUCGUCGUCGUCGGGAACAGCAGCAACAACUGCUGGCUCAGCGGGGGCGGCGGCGGCAGCGGCAGGUUUAAGUGCGAACUGCACGAACAGCCACAACUUGGCUUUGUAUAUGGCAUACGAUGUGCGUCCGUUGUCGUUGGAGCUGCUACAGCGGUUUUUUAGGUCAGAUCGGUGUGUGGAGUUGAUAAGGGAGCACUUCAAAAUUGUGGAUAUAAUAAUGCAAAACGGCUCGACACAAGAAUGCAAUUUGGAAAGCAGCAUUUACAAUCGCAACAAUCAUGAGGAGACCGAUUAUGAUGCUCAAUCCCCAAUACGUGCAACAAUGGAUGAUGACGAAGAUGCAGGCAUUCAUUCGGACACAUCAUACGAAAAGGCAUGCAGACGUGGAUCAGCACCAGCAACACCUAUUCUAGGCCAAAAACAAAGCCAACAAGAGAACAAUACCACAUCAAGGUUUACAAAUUUCUUUUCCAAAAGAUCAAAUCCUUUGAAACGUACAAAAUCAGUAACAAAGCUAGAAAGAACCAAAAGAGGCUCAGGUGGACUUCGAGGAUCCCGAUCGCAUGAGAGUUUACUUUCCAGUCAUGCAGUUAUGUCGACAAUAGAUCUCUCGUGCACUGGAGCAGUCGGAGUGGCACCCGUUCACCAAUCGGUUCUUGGUCGUCGUCACUGUUUUCAAGUUCGCGGUGGUCCACGAGGUGAACGUUAUUACAGUUGCGGAUCAAGACAAGAGCGAGAUUUAUGGAUAUACAGUUUACGUAAAUCAAUUGCUCCCAACUCGGAGCACACUCGCCAUAUAGAUAACUCGUUAAAAAUGUGGAUAUACGAAGCCAAGAAUCUUCCACCAAAAAAGAAAUAUUUCUGUGAGUUACAUUUAGACAAAACCCUUUAUGGACGAACAAGUGUAAAGCUACAAACAGAUUUACUAUUUUGGGGUGAAUACUUUGAUUUCCCUGAUAUACCUGAUAUAAAUGUAAUUACCGUCAAUGUGUUCCGAGAGGUUGAAAAGAAAAAGAAACGGGAUAAGCAUCAAUUUGUAGGAUCAGUUAAAAUUCCGAUUCACGAAGUGACUUCUCGUUUAUUUUCGGAGGAUUGGUAUCAGAUUUUGAGUGAAAAGAAUGACAAUAGUAUGAAUAGAGGCUCUUCGAAGGAAGUAACACCAACACUGCGUAUAAAAUGUCGUUUCCAGAGCACAGAUAUUCUUCCAAUCAAUGUAUACGCUGAUUUUCUGACAUUUUUGAAAGAGAAUUACAAACGUGUUUGUGAGUCCCUUGAGCCAGUUAUUGGAGUCAAAGCCAAAGAAGAUAUCGGUCAGGCAUUGGUAUUAUUAAUGCAUGCCCAGGGUUUAGCUGGUGCAUUUCUUACCGAUGUUGUAGCCUUAGAUCUUCUAAGAGUAGGUGACCAGCGUCUGACGUUUCGCGGCAAUUCUCUAGCAACGAAGAGUAUGGAGGCAUUUUUGAAAUUAACAGGCGAGCAGUAUCUCCAAGAUACCCUGUCUGCGCCUAUCAAUGAGAUUAUUCACUCUGAUCGUGACUGUGAAGUUGAUCCACUCAAAGCAACUGGAUCCCUUGUUAGGCAGCAACAAUCUCUUCGAAAUGCAGUACGUGCCGCUUGGUCAAGCAUUUAUGAGUCACACAAGCACUUUCCACCGCAGCUACGUGAAUGCUUUGCCACAUUUAGAGAACGGUUGCAGACGCUUGGAAGAGAAGAUAUGGCUGAUAAUUUAAUUUCGGCUUCGAUUUUCUUGCGAUUUCUUUGCCCGGCAAUUUUAUCUCCGAGCCUUUUUAACAUCACCAAUGAACUUCCAUCUAUCAGAGCAACACGCAAUUUGACUUUGGUAGCAAAGACACUUCAAACACUUGCAAACUUUACGCGCUUCCAAGGCAAGGAGAAUUUUAUGGAGUUCCUGAAUGAUUUCUUAGAGCAAGAAGCCCCCAGAAUGAAGGAGUUUUUGCAUAAUAUUUCAACCCGCCCCGAGCAUACACCACCAGAAUCGAUUCUUGAUUGGUCCGGAUACAUAGAUCAGGGAAAACAACUGUCCAUUUUAUAUGGUCUGCUGUCGGAGAGUAUUCAGAAACUAAGUGAAAACCGUCAACGCGAGUUAGAUCCCAUGCAACAUAUACUGGAUGAGAUUACAAAGGCAAUUGAUUCCAACCGUUUCUCGCACGACAAUCAAGAAAAUCGUAACCCUGAUGAACAACAUUACUCCGGAGGUGCUCAGCCGCAAACACAGAAAAUUGUUCCCCCAGAACGCGGCAUUAUUCGUGGGGUAUUGACCCCAAGUUCACUGGAGAAAAAUAUCUUCCGAUACAAUGACCCCACAGUUAUUCCUUUAUUGCAAGAGAACAAACGAAAUUCUAAUAGUCAAUCGAGUAUUAAUGGGUUGCAUAAUAAUGUGGGGCAGCUACAUCACUCACAAUCGCAAUCAUCUAUAGCUUCAUCACAAAACGGUGGUGGUGCCCUUAUUCCAACCACAAUUCAGCACCACUGCCCACCACCUCCAUCGUCUGUCACAAGCACUGCCGAGAGAAAUUCUGCAGCAGGAUCUGGCGCGUCUGGAAGCAAUGCAUACAGCGUUGGAAGUGCACAUCAUUUCCCGAGCAACGGAAACAUCUCAACAAUUAGCACAAGUGGUAACAGUGCAAGUCCGAGCUCCUUGAGAGCGACAACUUUACCAAGAAACAAUAAUAACAAUUAUGAUGAUUCCACUGUUGUAAGUGGAGGAGGAAACCUUAUUCAGAUAGGCCUUUUAGACCCGACUAGUGCAUUUGUUCGAAAAAGUCCAACUCCACAUAUGAAACUCGGAUCUCGUGGCAAGACUGGACAAAGUGGCUCGCAAAUAAGUCUUCUGAGUGAACGCACACCCAGUAAGCUGAACUUGGGCAUUCCAGACCCAGCUCAUCACCACAUAACCAACAGUUCGCCUGUACAAAUUGUUCCAUCAGGUGAAAAUAAUUCUAACAGCAAUAUGCCAAUGAAUCUAGAGGAUCUUGAUGACCUGUUCAAAUACGCAGAAGAACAGGCGAUCGCUGUUGCAGCUGCAGCUGAUUCCCAUAAACCCAAAGAACCACUGACAUCGAAGGGCAGUCACUGCAGCUCUGGAUACCAAAGUAUAAACACUCCUUCCUCUAGUCCAAUAGAUCAACAACAUGCUCAACACCAGCAACAAAUGAUGAAUAGCAAUCCUUUGAACAGGCAACAAGUGCAUUUAGGAAAUGGUGGGCUUCAGCCUCCGCUUGCAUUUAAGAAUCCGAUAUAUCAACUGCAGUCGUCGGCUUCUUCGACUGCGUCAUCGACAAACUCCAAUGCUCACCAUCACCAUCAUCUCUACCACCAUCAUGCUCAACAGUUGCAGCAACAACAGUUGCAGCAAGCUCAACAAGCACAGCUAAUCCAACAACAUCGACCAAGCAACUACUCCAUUUCAAAUGUAUUUCCCAAUAAAUCCGGGGGAAUGAUAACCGCUCGAGCAACCCAUCUCGAAAGAACCGGAGGUGGAGGAGCAUCGUCAUCCCUGACACCAUCAAGCAGCGAGGAGCGCCUCAGCAAUGAUAAUUACCAUGUAAUUCCGUUUAAGACAAUCGCUCCAGAAAAUGGUCACAUCGAAACCCACCGAUCACUAAGUGGAACAAGUAGCAGUAGUGGUGGUGGACGUGUGCCACGCACAAAUCCGCAAUAUAAACGUGAAGAAUAUACUCCCCAGAAUGAUACUUAUGCGCCCAUAACCAGUUUUUUGAAUCGAAGCAUUCGUGAUGGACAUCCCACUGCUGGACCAGUGGCAAUUUACAAUGGUGGACAAGCAGGUCAGCAUCACCAUCAUUUGAAUGGCAAAAUAAUUUCAAAUGGCCCAGUUGCAAGUAGCAACAACAACCGAUACCAAAGACGAUUAAGUUUGGACUCUGCGAGAACUUUGUCGGAUAGCUCGACAGACACAGAAGGUGUAUGUCAACCCAUCGAAGGUAAACGUAGGCGACAGCCACGCAACACUUACGAUCAAAACGGAGAGAUACAACUGUUACAAGAAACCCUCGAUAGCCUUCGACACACCCUCGACAGAGAUGAAGCCGAACUUAGAGACUCAAGCGAUGAAAUAUUUGCUCUGAACAGGUACAAUGGUGGCAAUAACGCUUUACAACAAUCAGACUCAACAAUGAGAAGCAUUAUUGAGAGGCUGAUUACUAUGGAAGAGGAACUUCGUCGUGAGCAAAUGAAAAUGUCACUUGCUCUCUCGCACAAGCAGCGCGUUAUAGAAGCUCAAGGGCAACAAAUAGCAGCCUUAGAUGCAGCGAAUAAUCGAUUACUCAGUGCUUUGACAGCUCUACGACAACGCUACGAGACCCAACAACAGCAUCAUCACCAUCCAAAUACAUCCUCAUCACAACAGUAGAAAUAGCUCCAACCAAGGAUCAUUCUGCAACACACCAAAGUUGAAUUAAAUCAGAAAGGAUAUUUCCGCUUAAAAUUGUAUUUGAUCUGUUUUUCUGAACAAAAUAUUUUCAAUUGGAAAUUUUGCUUUUCUGAGACCACGUCCACACUAUCUUUAAAAGUGUUAUUUGUUUUUCUAGGCAAUAGCAAGCCAAAAAUGUUGAUUUAAUUUCGAAAAUGGCCAAUUCUGACUAAACUUACUUGGCUGAGUUUGAGAAGUCUGAGGACUUAGAUGUAGAUUUUAUUUAAACUCUGCACUAAAAAUGUUGAUUGUUUAUUCUGAAGAAUUUAAAAAGCAUACUCGACUAUUGGUUGCUUAUGAUUCGAGCUAUUAUUUUAUUCAAAAACAAACUUCAUUUCAACCUCAACCUUCAUAGUAAUCUACAAAAAUCAUUAAGUGGUUUUUAAUUUAAAAACAAAUGAUGACUGAAAAGUCAAAGUCAUCAUUUUUCUGGUUCAAUAAAAAAGCGUAUUUUUAUAAAUGCUCUAUUUUGUAAAAAAUGUUUCUUUGGCAUGGAACACAGACCAAAUGCAUCAGAGCAGAAAUAUCUUCGAAUAGUAUUUGUAACAAAUAAUUUUACUCAACAAUCAUACACUCAAAACGAAUUCACCACACUUUGGAGAGUGGUGUGCUGGAGUGGUUUUUGUAUUAGAUACAACUAACGCACCAACCUCUUAUAUAUACCAAUAUUACAUUCACUAGAAGUGUAAAACAUUUAACCAAAAAUUUUGAUAUUCAUUCACAUGAUAGUUCAUAACACCAUUAAUCAUAAUUAUUCUUGUAAUAAUUCGAUAUUUCCGAGUUUUUUUCUUUUUUCUAAUAAGCAUUUUUAUUUGCGCUAUAAAGAUUCAAUACAGAUGGCACCAGUAAAUAGAAUGAAACCAAAAAUGGCAGUUUAACAGAAAAAUUAGAAAUUUCAAAAUUUCAAUUUGUAAAAUAGUUUAAUUAUUAUUAUUAUUUGAUUAGUUUAAGUUUCUAUGUAAGUUCAGUUUAUUCUCUAAAUAUAUAUGUGUGUAUUUAUUUCGUCAUUGUA